CAAGUGAUGUCUCAUUAUAUAAAGCCUACAAAAUCACAUCUGUUUUGGUGAAAGCAAGUUAACCAAAGCAACUCUUAUCAAGUAACUUACAACUCUGAAUAUGUCCCAAAUAAAAGCCUCUAUCUUCACUGGAUCCACUGAAUUCGGCAAAUUGGCCGAAGAAGGUCAAAUUGCUGUUCCAGAAAUCAGUGAUACUCAACUUUUAGUUAAAAAUGUUGCAGUUGCAGCCAAUCCAACCGAUUGGAAACAUAUUAUUAUUGGAAUGGGUGGUAAAAAGGGUUGUGUUAUUGGAUCUGAUAUUGCUGGCUAUGUUGAAAAGGUCGGAUCUAAAGUCACAAACUUUAAGAAAGGUGAUGCUGUUGCUGCGACCUUGAGAGGUAACUGCGUUGCCAAUAAUGGUGGGUUUGCUGAAUAUACUGCUGUUGAACAAGUGUUGGCUCAAAAGAUCCCUAACAUUCAAGAAAAAGCUUUGAGUGUCGGCGAUUGUCCUCCUUCUACUAUUGAUAGUUUUGAAGCUGCUGCUUCCUACUCUUUAAGUCUUGCUACCGUUGGGGUUUCGUUUUCUCAUAAUUUCCAAUUCAAAGAAACUGAUUCCUCCAAUGCUGAUAAGUAUGUUUUGAUCUGGGGUGGUGCUACUUCCAGUGGGAUUUUUGCUAUCCAAGUUGCAAAAUCAAUUUAUGGUUUCAAGGUUAUCACCACUGCUUCUAAAAAACAUCAUGAUUUUUUGAAAUCCUUAGGUGCCGAUGUAACCUUUGAUUAUAAGGAUGCCAAUGUGGUUGAGCAAAUAAAAGAUUUUGGUAAAGGUAAAAUCCAGUAUGCCUACGAUACGGUUUCUUCUUCUCAGACUUUACAACAAGUUUAUGAUGCUACUGAAGGCUCGGAAAACGUUGAAAUUGAUAAUUUACUUUUCUUAUCAGCCAAAAAUAUCAAGACUGAUGAAAAAAGAGAUGUCAAAUUCCAUGUCACUCUUGUAUAUUUGGCUAGUGGUCAUGACCAAAACGGUAUUGAAUCCACACCAAAAUUACAACAAGAUUUCAAUCAUUUCUGGCAAGACUUAGUUCCUGAUUAUUUACCUAAAUUCAAAACUCCAGCCUUAAAAGUUUUGAAUCCUGGGUACGGUUCUGUUAAUGAAGCAUUAGACUUACUCAGAAACAAUAAGGUGAGUGGUCAAAAAGUUGUCUUCCGAAUCUAAUUUCUUUCUUCUUUUAAUAACCUUAGUAAUUCUUAUUAUUGAUCUGAAUCACAAAUAG